GCGCGGAGUUGUUUCGAGGGGGAAUCAUUUUGGAAGGACCAUCUCAAUACCAUAACAACCAAAGUUCCGUUCAGUCUGUUGUUAAAAGUUCUGAUGUUUCGCUUCGCAAGGAAACUAAAACAUAUUUUAACUCGACGUGUUAAUGUGUUAUAGUAAAAUAAACUUUAGAGGCGAAACAAACACUUCAGUCUACAUCUGUUGGAUAGUGGUUACAAGGUUACUUGUAGCUAGCGUCCACCGGUAGCGAUGACAUUGGCAGCUGGGAACAGUUGUUCGAUAUGAAAUUAAAGAGGUUAAGUAAAAUUACAUAAAAAGGUCACGGUAACGUCCUAUGACAAUCAUUUCUACAGUAAGAUGAGGACGUACAGCCCUCUUAGAUAAUAGGUGUUGUCGUUGUCUGAAGUCGCAAAAGACCGGGCAGAGAAGUGGAUCAGGAAGUGUUUUGAUACCAGCAAGGACAAUGGUUUUAUGUUGUGUUAAUAUUUUAAGGAGCAGUCGCUUCUGUUCUCUUUCUGCACAUCUGGCACGAAACUUCCAGGUCUGCAAACAAGCUGGACAUCAUGUGAAGAAGACACACUUCUCCUCUCAUGUCAGCUGUCACAGAACAACAAAGUCUGUUCACCUCAGAGAAACUCCGACUGCACCACCUCUCUUAUUCUGUAGCAAUGGGAGGACGGCGUGUUUCCGGAUUAAUCUCAAACCCACUUCAGCCCUGCACUCUGGUCCUGUCCUGACACAGUGGGGACACCACUUCCACACCUCAGCCCCCCUGAGGGCCCUGCCUGCUCCUCUAAUAUGGUUGCUGCUCAAACCUCUCCAGAAGCUCGUGGCUAUAAUACUGGGCAGGAGUAUAAGGAAGUGGUGGCUGGCUCUACCAGCCAACCGCCGGCAGCUCAUGCGCGAAUGGGUCCGGCAGCACCGCUGGCAUCUGGCAGGAGGAGCAGGCGUUGCUAUGGUGAUUGUUGCCCUCCUUCUCCUGACCCACCUGGAUGAGUCCCCAGUGACGGGACGGACCCGCCUCCUGGUGUUCAGCAGAGAGAAGUACAUGGAACUGGCAGCUCUGACUUCAGAGGCGUACAUGGAGGAGUUUGCAGAGAUGCUGGUUCCAGUCUCUGACCCCCGUCACCAGGUGGUGGAGCGGUUGGUGCAGCACCUGGCAGAAAGAAACAAGGACAUCCCUGAUGUGUCUGAAGUCUCCUGGAGCGUCCACGUGGUGCAAAGUCCCAACGUCAAUGCCUUCGUCCUACCGGAUGGGAAAGUGUUCAUUUUUACGGGCAUGCUGGACGCCGUGGCGGAUGUUCACCAGCUCACCAUUGUCCUGGGACACGAGAUGGCUCACGCUAUAUUGGGGCACUCUGCAGAACAGGCCAGUCUGUCUCAUGUCGUGGACCUGCUGUCCCUUAUUUUGCUGACAGCCAUCUGGGCCAUGUGUCCUCAAGACAGCCUGGCUCUGCUGGGACAGUGGGUACAGAACAAGCUUUCUCAGUUGAUGUUCAGCCGUCCCUUCAGUAGGAAACUGGAGGCUGAAGCCGAUCAAGUCGGAUUGCAGUUGGCUGCGAAGGCGUGUGCAGAUGUGCGAGCAGGACCCGUAUUCUGGCAGCAAAUGGAAAUCAGAGACCAGCUGACAGGAGAGCCCACCUUCCCCGAGUGGCUGUCCACACACCCGUCGCACAGGAACAGACUCACUCAGUUGGACCGCCUCAUACCACAGGCUUUGGAGCUGAGGGAGAGUUGCGUCUGCCCUGCUCUACCUGCGUCUGACCCUCGUGCCGUCUUUGCCAAGAGUGUCCGUGUGAUGCUGGAAAUCGCUGAGAACCAGGGGCGCGGAGGGCCAGAAGGGGCACGCAAGCCCCACCUGCCCCACAGUCCGGUCUCAGUCCUCACUGGACUGCCUGCGUCUCUGCUUUCCCACACUGCCCUCCUUCAUUCCCCAAAUGUGGAUCAAGAAAUGAAAGGCCCAGUCCCAUUAAUAGCUUCAGAGUUAGCUGCAGCAUCGUCUGUCCCUGCUCCUGCUGAGGGAGAAGGAUCCCAGCCUGUGGUGCAGAGCACCGGCUGACAGGGGUGUUAAACCCUCCCAAACUUCUAGUUUUUCCACAGACGGGUAUAUUGGUCAGUUAGCAUAUUCAUUGAACUAUUUACUGCUGCUAAAAGUCGGUUUUCAUGGUCUAUUACAUUUUAGAGACACCGGGUGCACAGUAAGUGGUAAAGCUCACAGAGAGGGUUAGGGUUAGUCCUUUUGUCUGCACCAGAGACUCGUUCUGUUUGCCAGCACGAUGAUGGAGUUGGGCUCGGUACUGUGAAAAUAAGUGGCUUUGGAGGAAAAUUAAUGGAAAAACUCAAAAAAGAAAUCAAGGUCCCUCUUAACCUUUCCCUUUACUGCAACACCCUGCUGACUGGGCUUUAUAGAAUUUUAUCCAUGCCUAGUGACUACAAAGAUGCCACAUUAAUUAGGUAACCUCGAACAGGGAAAUGCUGAAUGAAUCUUAGUAAAGCCCCCAUCCAUACAUUGCCAGAUUAAUAUGUGCAUUAUUCAUUGACACAUGGCAACAGAGGAGAGUAAGCACUUUGUGUGUGCAUGUCGGAUGAUUUGUCCAUGGUAGCAGGCAGAGGACAUCUACAUUCUAAUUAUGACUACUGCAUUAUCAUGCCACACACACAGCACUUUAUGCAUUCUCCACCCUGAGGGACUUAAUGGUGUAAAUUUAUGCCGUGUUGUUUGCAGGUUUUAAAACAUAGCCCUUCUGCAAAGGAAUGCCAAUAUCCAUCGUCAAGCUUUGAGAUAUCUUUCAUGGGAUUUUGUAAAAUCUUAUUUAACAAGGCAAGUUGACUGAGAAAACAUUCUCAUUCACAACAACAGCCUGCGGGAGCAGUCGCACAAUGAAGAGGGGAGAACAGUUAUGGUUCAUAUCUCAGUAAAAGGAACAAAGAAGAACACAUGGUUAAACUGUGAAAUCAAGAAAGUACUACUGUGUUUUCAUAUAGGAUAAAAUCAUUUAUUUGUGUCAUGCAUUUCAGGUUUAGGGUCUGCAUCAGCUUACAAAGCAUCAGACAGCCAUCCUCUUACCUGCUGUGGAAGGCUUUGUUUUACUGCAAGCGGUGUUGGUCUAUAUUAGAGUCUGUGUCUAUAUUAGAAUAAGUGGCCAGUGAUAGGAUUUGUACAAAAAUGUGCAAUAAAAAGCCAAGGGGGAUAUUGGUGUUUGCAUAUCAAUAACUCCACAAGAACGUGCUCUGUUUGCAAUUGGCAAACAAAAGAAUAAAAA